UUGGGUCUGAACUCGGAGUACAACUCGACUUCUUCACAUUUUUCGAUGCCAGUGUGUGUAGUGUCGAUGAGCCACCGCGGCAGUGCGUUUCUUCUGGGCCUGUCCGACCGCGUUAGUCAUAUCGAUUGGUGUUACAUUAAUAUACAUAUUGUUCGGUUUAGUCGGCAAAAUUUUUUCCUGUUUUCUAGACAAAACCGACUCCAUUUUUAAUGGAUACCCUGGCAACGUUGGACGAGUUUAGGUUGCGGUAAGUCGCUCCCAAACAAGGCGAGUCUCCUGCGAAGAAGUCGAAUGCCAAGUGUGAAUGACUUCUUUGUACCCCUGCAGUAAGUAAGCAUUGACGGCGACAACAUGAACAACUGCAAUCAGAGCAAUACAGACGUGGUGACAUCGCGCGAUUUAGUGUCUGGCGGUCACAUUACUCAUAUAUACAUCAACCAAAACAUGGACGAAUUUAACAAUGGCAAGUCGCUGGACGCAACACUGCUGGUUAACGUGCCUGUUUCGGCGUUUGCUACAAAGGGAUGUCAUCAGUACAGCAACGAUAAUCAUAACGACGAUGCCAUAGUGAACAUUCUGAACGAUUCUGCAGCAUACGACUACGCCAAAGACGUUCAGACGUCGUCUCAACUGAUCAUCGACGGCGAUCAAAAGUAUUCAUGUCGGAUAUGUAUCAACGACGGCGGUAGAAGAACAAACGACAUCAACAGCCCGACUACAAUAAUUAGUCGAUCUUGUUCUUGUUCCGAACACAAUGAUGACGAAGACAUUGAUAGCAGUAAAUAUUCAAUUGGCGAUAUCGAUGAACUGUCCGAUGGCCUAGUGUCAAAUAGCCGUCGACAGAGUGUGAUGAGAGUGCGCAGCAAUAGUUCCAGUUACGAUUAUUACUCCAGUGACGAUCACUUAUUGACCGAUAAUGAAGUCGACGGGAUCGUUACCUUUCUGGACAAGAGCAACAACGAAGCCGAAGCUCGUUUGGCAGCUAGACGCCAAGCCCGCGUGGAAGCAAGAGAAAUUCGCAUGCGAGAAAUCGAGCGACAGCAAAAAGAAGCUGAGGAAAAUGCUGACAAAGCUUUUGAUAUGUCUACAGCAGAUGGACUAAACAUAAAUCGAAUAUCUCGAGUCACUACCGGUGUCGCUAGUCCCCGAACACCUGGCUCCAUAUCAAACAGUUACCAAUCUAGUCGACGCAAUUCAAUUGAUUCUCUUGAUGAGACUACUCCCAAUUUUCGAGAUUACAGGAUGGAGUUGAAAGAUCUAGAAGAUAAAUUUCGAAAGGCUAUGGUACAAAACGCUCAACUGGACAACGAAAAAGCAGCAGCCACAUACAUGGUAGAACUAUACAAAGACAAAUAUACAGACAUAGAAGAAGAAUUUAUGCAUUUAAAAAAAGAACAUAAAGAGAGUUGUAGGGAGAACGAAAAAUUAAAACGUCUAUUAACUGCCCAAAGAACUGAAGUAAUUGCCCUACAACACGAACUGCAAGAACGAGAUAGGCUAAUUGAAGAAAAAGGCCUAGUGAUUGUUAGUACAGAGCAAGAAGAGUGGAAUGAGAGUGACCAAUGUAAAGCAAUUACUAUUAAACGGGCUUUAGUAACUGUAGAGAAUGCUCAAUUAUUACAAGGUGCAGGAGAAGGCUGUUUAGAUGUACGACUUAAAAAGUUUGCUGAUGAACGUGCUGGUUACCUAGAAGAAAUUAACAGGCUCAAUUUAGAGUUGCAAAAAGCAAAACACCACAGUGAUAGCCAUUGUAAUGGUACAGAUUCGGAUGAUUUGGAAGAUACCCAAAAAGAAACCAAUAAAGUACUUGGAGACUAUAAAUUUAAAUGGCAAAAAGCCGAACAGGACAUUUCCACCUUACAAGCCAAUGUAGCUAGACUAGAAAGUCAAGUCAUUAGGUAUAAGACUGCUUCGGAAGCGUCUGAAAAAUCUGAAGAUGAGCUUAAAUUGGAAAAGCGUAAAAUGCAACGCGAGCUUCGUGAAGCCCAAGCUAAAGUUGAAGAACUGGAAACUUCCAACAUGCAUUUGUUAAAACGCUUUGAUAAGUUAAAAAAUGCUAAAUCAAGUUUACUAAAAGAUCUGUAAACUGUUGUACUGAUUCACUUUUCUGACAAAACUCAAAGAAUAUCAAAAGUGCAAUAUGAUGGUGUGUUUGGGAAUAGAGAUGUACAUACAGCCCAUACCCGCACACACAAUGCUAAAAUUGCUAAAUAUAUUGAAUAUUUAAAUAAAUAAUAUUUAUUGGUAAUUUUUUUUUAACUUUUAUUAAUUCAGUAAUAAUACUAUAUCUAAAUUAAUGCUUGACACUAAAUAACAUACAUUUUAAUAAAUCUAUCAUUUUCUUUUCUAUUGACUGACGUGAUCAUUUUUUUGUAAUUCAUAUUAUGUAUGAAAUUGAGAUGUCACGAAUAUUUCAAUAGCAUAAUCCUAUUAAUAACAACAAUUUGUUAAAUAACUUAUUAUUUAUAUAAUUUAUUUGUUUAAUCUAGAAUGACCUAAAUGACCAUAAUGCAUAUUAAUCAUGUUUUUUAAACAGUAUAAAACUGCUCACAAUUUAAUGACUUAAAUUGUGUAAAGGGGUGAAUUUGUAUAGCGAAAUAAAUACUUAUAUUUUUAGUAAAUUUUGUCAAAAUG